AUGCUGCGCAUAUUUCUUGGGUUUUUCAUCCUUACUCUUUCUGCUUACAUUGACUGCGCUACGGACCCUAAUGACCUCAAAGUUCUCAACGAUUUCAAGAAUGGUCUGAAAAAUCCGGAGCUCCUUAAAUGGCCCGAAAACGGGAACGAUCCAUGUGGGCCCCCCAAGUGGGAUCAUGUGUUCUGCUCUAACGACAGAGUGACUCAGAUUCAGGUUCAGGGCCUCGGGCUGGAAGGGACUUUGCCCCAGAACCUGAACCAGCUGGGAAUGCUCGAAAACCUCGGCCUGCAAAGGAACAAAUUCUACGGAAAAAUGCCGACUUUUAGCGGAUUGUCGAACCUCCAGUACGCGUUCCUGGAUUUCAACCGGCUGGACACGAUCCCGUUCGACUUUUUCCGGGGGCUCACCAGUGUUCAGGUCUUGGCCCUGGACGAAAACCCGUUUAAUCAGACUUCGGGCUGGGCUUUACCGGCUGAUCUAGCAGAGUGUACUCAGCUGGUCAACUUCUCGUGUUCGCAGUGUAAUACCAAGCCCGGGGAACCGUGUUCCCCAGAAGUCAGUGCCCUAUUGGAAUUCCUUGGUGAGCUGGGCUACCCGCUCCAACUUGCUUCACUUUGGUCGGGCAAUGAUCCUUGUGAGCAGUCGUGGAGGGGUAUUUCUUGUAACUCGAUGGGCAAGGUUACGGUCAUAAAUUUGCAGCAUCUCGGGCUUAAUGGCACCCUCAGCCCGUCUCUUGCGAAUUUAUCUUCCCUGCGAGAGAUUCACUUGGAAGGAAACAAUAUCCACGGCACGGUCCCCGCAGACCUGACUCGGCUCAGCUUCUUGAGAGUGUUGAAUUUAAAUGGGAACAAUUUUGACAAGCCUUUACCUCAAUUCCAUGGCAAUGUCACGGUCGUGACUACUGGUAAUGCGAAAUUCGAAUCGAGGGAUGGGCCUGUCCCAGCCCCAUCUCCACCCAACAGUUCGGAUUCACCAAACAAUAACAGUAACAGUAAUGCCCCGGCAGGUGAGGUUAAUCGACGGCGGCCAGAUUCACCUUCCUCUGGCAUCCCAAGCCUUAACUCAUCGGGGGCGGUGAACGGGCCAAGCCCCGAAAAAUCAAGAAUCACGACCAUGGCAGCUGCCGCUGCAGGCUCCACCGUCCUAUUGGCCCUUGUGGCCGUACUCUUCAUCUGCUGCCUCCGCAGGAGAAAAAAACUGGCCAAGAAUGCCCCUGCCCGCGUUGCAAGCCAUAAAGACUCGUUGAAAGAUCCUGACAAUAGCAAUAACAACAGCAUGUUCAAGAUCGGGUUCAUGGACGGGGGCCCGGCCUCCGAGGCCCUCCGGGCCAGCAGUGCCGGGAGCCGGGCCAGCUACGGGCCAGACAGCAUUGAGCUCGGGAGCCCGUCCAUCUCGGUCCAUGUCCUCCGGAAGGGGGAUGAGCGGCUACUGGUGUACGAGUACAUGCCUCAGGGGGCUCUCAGCCAGCACCUUUUCCGCUGGAAGAGCUUGGGGCUGGAGCCUCUCUCGUGGACGAGCAGGCUCUAUAUCGCGCUUGAUGUUGCACGUGGAGUCGAGUAUCUACACAGCCUGGCCCACCACAGCUUCAUACACCGAGACCUGAAAUCGGCGAAUAUCCUUCUGGAUGAUGAGUUCAGGGCUAAGGUUUCGGAUUUUGGACUGGUGAAGUUGGCGCCCGAUAGGGAGAUGUCGAUGGCAACCAGGCUGGCUGGGACAUUCGGGUACCUUGCCCCAGAGUAUGCUGUGACGGGCAAAAUCACGACAAAGGUGGACGUGUUCAGCUUCGGAGUCGUCCUCAUGGAGCUCCUGACAGGGCUAGCCGCUCUCGACGAGCAAAGGCCCGAGGAAAAACGGUACUUGGCUGAGUGGUUCUGGCAAAUAAAAUCGAAAAAGGACUCCCUCAUAGCCUCGGUGGACCCGGCUUUGAAUGCCGAAGAGGACAUCCACGAGAGCAUACACCUGAUCGCCACCCUGGCAGGGCACUGCACGGCCCGCGACCCCAACCACCGCCCAGAGAUGGGCCACGCGGUUAGUGUGCUGGCCCAGCUGGUCGAGAGAUGGAGGCCCCAUGAGGAUAUCGAUCGUGAGUCGGGCGUAAGCAUGGAUUUGCCCCUGUCCCAGAUGCUCAAGGGGUGGCAGCAGGAGGAGGAAGGUUUGACUCGGGAUUAUAGCUACGCGAGUCAGGAUAGCAAAGGGAGCAUCCCGACCAAGCCCUCGGGCUUUGCCGACUCAUUCACAUCUGCCGAUGCUCGAUGA